AUUCUGUUCCGUUUAAACGUUGUGUUCCGUUUAUGUUCGAAAUAAUAAAUUUUUUUAUUGAUUAGACUGCCUAAAGAAAAACUGAAAACAUUCUAUUGAUUUAUUGAAUAUUAUGAGUGGGCUCAAAUAUAAAUAAACAAAUGAUACAUUAUUUUUCAUGUUAAGUUUCAGUAACAGAUCUGCUCAGAUUUUUGCUUUUAUUCUUUUAAAAUAAAAAGAUGUCUGAUGAUGAGGAUGAUUACAUGUCUGCUUCAUUUCUAAAUGUGAAAGAAGAUAUUCGUCCAGGUUUGGCAUUUUGCAAAAGUACUAAGAGAAAGUUGGAAAUUGAAAAGAAGCAAACUGCAUCCAAUGAAUUUCACAAAACAAAAUCUCGCAAACAGCUUGAAGAGGAAUCCAGAAACACAGGUAUGGAUUCAGCCAUUAGUUCUAAUAAUAAAGGUUUUGCAAUGCUUCAGAAAAUGGGAUAUAAACCAGGCAUGAAACUAGGGCCACAAAAGGAUACUGCGUCUGACCGUGGUCUGAUGGAACCCAUUCGUAUCAAUAUAAAAAAGGACCGCGGUGGUUUAGGCAGGGACGAAGAAGUUAAAAAGCACAUUGAAAGGAUUAAAGAGAGGCGAGAAAAAUUAAAAGUUUACAAGGAAAAGGAAACUGAAAUUUUAACGAAGGAGUUUCGUCAAAGAAUGAGAGAUGCUAGGACCUAUAAACGUUUAAUGAAGGAUCUACAUAAGUGUCAGAAAAUAUGUGAGCAAUUAGAUAAAGAAAAUGACAUAAAAGAACCAUCAAGAUCUUGGUUUUGGUAUACUUGGGAGGAAGAUGAAGAACUUGAUGAAGAAUGUGAUGAACAAGAGGAAGAAGAUGAGGAAGAUGAUCUUAGUGCAGAGGAAAAAGUUGAAAUAAUUACCGAAUACUUAAGACCUACUUAUUUCUAUUGCUUUUGGUGUUCUAUAAAGUAUAAUGACUUUGAUGACUUGGAACAAAACUGUCCUGGGCCAGAUAAGACUGAUCAUGAUGAUUUAUCAUCUUGAUUUAUUUUAUUUGAUUGUUGUACAUAACAUAUCCAUGGACAUAUUGUGGUUAAUUGAGUGAGAAAAGUUUGUUUUAAAUUCGAUGAAAGAAUAUUAUCUAUUCAUGCAAUGUCACAUGUAUAGACUGAUUGUUUGAUGUGAUAAUUAAAAAAUUGUAAAUAAUAAUAAUAAAAAGUAUAAACAAA